UGUUGCGGAUAUGCUGUUUUUAAUGCUUGUGUUGGGUGUUUUGUCUCAUUUUGCUCACAGCCUUGUCCAUCAACAUUUAACAGGUUUCCAUCCUGCAAUGCUUUGACUCUGCAGAGAUGAAUGAUGUUGCCAGCCCACCUGCUCCUCCCUCAUCACCUUAUUCUCUUAUGAUAAACACUCUAAAAAGGUCACUGCCUUUUAAGAUAAUUGAUGCCUGCCCACACACUCACACACAAUGGAGGUUCCCCGGUUAUAAUUUUCCUAUUAUAUGUGCUGACUUGCUUUCUGUCUCCUGUUGACAGGUCUACAUGGCCUGUAAGCACGUACGCCACCUCUUCCAUUCAGCUUCCCUCUCCACACCUGUGAGUCUAAGGGGAGCAGAUUGACAGAUCAGACAUCAAACAGGUUUUCUCAAACUACACAUCUCAAUGUGUAAGGGGAUCUCCUCCUUGCCCUCCUCAUGCCUGGAGAAGGCAAAAGAGAUGCGGGUGAUGUUAAGCCAUCUGGCUGAAACGCACCACAAGCACAAAGUUCUGGAUGGAAAAGCUCUUCAGGACUUGGAAACUCUGCUAAACAACAAAAGCGGUCUGCAGGCGUUUCGUGGGUUCCUGCUUUCAGAGUUCAGUGAAGAGAACCUCGAGUUCUGGCUGGCCUGCGAGGACUACAGGCUGUCUCCUUCAAACCUGCAGAAGACCAAGUCCAGCAGCAUCUACGACCAGUUUAUUAACCCUGACGCUCCACAGGAGGUAAACUUAGACGCUGAGACCCGGGAAGCUCUGUUGAGUGUGACCGACUCACCGUGUGCCGACACAUUCAACAAGGCUCAACAGAGAAUCUACAAUCUGAUGGCAAAAGACUCCUUCCCGAGGUUCCUGCGCUCCCCUUAUUGCAUGGAGGCCAUUAAAGCUUUUUAAGCUGAUGAAUCUGUGCUGCUUAAUAUAUUGAUUCUAUUUUACUACUUAUAUUAACAAUAAGUUUGUCUUGUGAUCAUUUUUCACAUGGUAGUGCUGUCCUUGUGCACUGUAUGCAUAAUGUUAUCCUUAUGACACAGAGUUGUAGACAUAGUUAAAAAGUCUCACAUAAAAAAAAUCAUGAAACUUACAUAAAGAUGCAGCUACAUUGCACCUCUGGACUGCUGAGCUACAAGUGAAGUCCACAAAGGAAUUCAAAUAAAUAUCUCAUAAAAGACAACCCAUUGUGUGGCAUUUAAUGAACAUUAUUUUUUUUUUUAACAUACAUAUUGUUUAAGCUCUAUUUUUUCAUUUAGAAGCUUGCCAAAAUGGUUCUGGUACAGGCUGCUUGAGAGUGUAGUGUUGAUUAUUAAAAACAAACAGUGUUCAGCCUUAUCACUGGCUAGUUUAGAUGGUGUUUAUUCAAGACAACCUGGGGCAUUUUGUUUUACCAAAGUGGCUUCACUGUGACUUUUUAUUCCAAAGCAACAUAGUUGUGUAGUCCUGGUCACACUGCUCUGGUUAUGUUCAGAUAUUUAAAUUUAAAAAUUCAAAGACCUGAACAUAACCAAUAACCACAGACUGUACAUUAAAGGGCAUUGCCAAUAAUUCCACACAUUAAUGUUUUACAAAAAUAAUUGUACUAAGCAGUUUGUGGCUCCAGUGGGAUCUGUGCAAAAUCUGAUAAAUUGCUCAAAUUAUGUGACUUAAGUCAGUACUGGUUGGGGCUAAAGACUACAAGUUUUAAAAGAAAA